AUAUAUAAAGCGGAUCGUUGUCAAUCAACAUUACUCAGUCAACGUUUAGUUUUAACACACUUAACAACAAAAAAAAAAUUUAUUUAUUCAAAAUGGCAUUCAAAACUGUCGCUAUCUUCGCCUGUGUGCUGGCUUCCGCACUUGCCGGUCCAGUAGCCCCCGCCUACCCAGCACCGUCUGCCUACCCAGCACCAUCAGCCUACCCAGCACCAUCAGCUUACCCAGCACCAUCAAGCUACCCAGCACCAUCAGCAUACCCAGCACCAGCUUACAAGCCCGCCUCAUACUCUGCACCUAAGGCAUACGCCCCAGAAGCCGCAUACGCCCCAGCCCCAUACAAUUUCGACUACAGCGUACAUGACGAUUCCACCUACGACAUCAAGAGCCAAUCCGAAUACAGUGACGGAAACGGUUACGUCAAGGGAUCCUACAGCUUGGUCGAAGCCGACGGUACCAAGAGAAUCGUCGAAUACACCGCCGAUGACGUUAACGGUUUCAACGCUGAAGUCAAGAAAGAAGGAACCCCAUCCUACAGCUCUGCCCCAGCCUACAAACCAGCCUACAAAGCCCCAGCUUACCCAGCUGCUCCGGCUUACCCAGCUGCCCCGGCUUACCCAGCUGCCCCGGCUUACCCAGCUGCCCCAGCAUACUCCGCCGCUCCAGCUUACCCAGCUGCCCCAGCAUACUCUGCUGCUCCAGCUUACCCAGCUGCCCCAGCAUACUCUGCUGCACCAGCCUACAAGCCAGCAUACAAACCAGCUUACUCCGCACCGGCUUACUCUGCACCGGCCUACCCAACUGCCCCAGCUUACCCAGCUGCCCCAGCCUACCCAACUGAGUCCUACCCAGCUGCUCCAGCAUACGGAUACUCUACACCCGCUCCAGCUUAUGGAUACUCUACCCCCGCUCCAGCCUACAAGCCAUCAUACGCCGCUCCGGCAUACAAACCUUCCCCGUACAAACAGUACUAAUUCCUUUUAAACCCUAAGAAAUGAUUAUUAUAAAUUAUUGUAUUUUUAUGUAAAUAAAAUUUCAAUUUGUCUAUAAC